UUCAGUCUCAGGUCUUCGUGUUGUUGCAGCUAGUUCACUUAAAGAGAAGACCAGCAAUUCCAGUUACUGAAUCAGCAUUCAAAAGCACAGAAAACCUGAGAAAAUGGAAGACAGUACAGAAAUAAACUCGCAUCUUCCACAACCUCAACCAUUGAAUAACACUGAUUCUCAUCCUCCCCAAACCCCAGGUGAGAAGGUGUCACUGGACAAUGUAAGUGAAAAAGCAAAAACUGAACGGGACUUUAAAGGAAUUGAAAAAGAAACGAAAAUAGAUGAUGAUAAAGAUCGGGAACAAGAAAAUGUAAAGACCCAAAGUGAAGAAAAGGUUGCCGAAUUGGAACUAAUGACUGUUGAAGAGAUUGCAGAAUUUAAACAGGAAACAUUUGAUAAUCUAAGAAGUACAGCAAAUGAAGUAGUCGCACUUCAAACUCGACAAGCAGAAGGUGGAGAAUAUGCCGAAAAGAUUAGAAAUUCUACGCGACGAUUUCGUCAGAGUUAUUUUGCCCUAAAAAGAACAGUGUUAGAAGAAAUAAUCAAAUUCAGAAAAGAGAUUGCAAAAAUUAUGAUUGAAACUAAGUUUUUUAAUUUGAGUUGUGAAAUCAUUAUGAACACAUACAAGAAUGGAUGGCAGCUAGAAGAUGGAAAACAGAAUGAUGAGAAAUAUAUUCCUCUUUCAAAUAGCAUGGUAACUCUGCUGAAUUUUAGUGAUUGCUCGGAUGAGUAUGAUAUUGCCAUGGCAAAUGAACCUGGGUUUGUAGAAUUGAUAAAACAGAUCUUAGAAGACACACAGCAGAGGCAUUUAGGAAGAGUUGAAUCGCCACUAAAACAACGUGAGGAAAAGUUAAUGAAGUAUUCGCUUAGUCUGAUACACAACAUGUCGAUGAGAGAGUCAAAUAUUGCUCGAUUGCGCAGUUUGGACAUGAUCAGAUCAUUACAGCCUUUCCUCAAUUCGUCAAAUGAUAUGUUUGCUUUGACCGCAUUGGCAAGUCUAGCAGGUAUUAUCAAUGAGGAAGAAUGUGCAAUUAUAGAUGGUCAUAAGAAUACUGUAAAGAUACUGUUAGAUUGUCUUCGGAAAGCUUUGAAAGACAAGAUGCGAAGGUGUAAGGGAUGGUCUGCUAAGGAAUGUGGAUUCAGGGUGUAG